ACUGACAACCCACCUAUCACUUUUGGAUUGAAAUUUGACCGUUGGAGACGCUCCCCUGUAUAUACUUUGGAAAGAAAGAAACGAAGCUAAUUGGAAGGAUUUAAGCAAGAAAAGCGAACCUCAAGUUCACGGAGAGAAGCGACAGAUCAACACGAAAGGUUCUGUGAUUUCCUGUAAUCAAUGUCGAAAAUGAGAUCGCCUUCGGAUCGCAAGCCCCCGCUCGCUGAAUUACCGAAUAAACUUCGUCCCAGCAGGAUCUUGCGCUCCAGUGUUCACUCCACCAAACCCCCUUUAGCUUCUGUGACGAGAUCCCAAAUGGUAAAUCGUUCGUGGGAUGUAGAAGAAUCAAUGCAGAUGCGACCGGAAGAACAGUCCAUUUCGUGCGAGUUAAGGGCCUUGGCAAAGAUGGUUGAAAACGAAUUCGGGAAUCGCGAAGCGGGUAAUACUGAUUUUUCUACCAUUGCGUGUCCUAAUCCGAGUCUUUUAUUCGAAAGGGGGAGAUUCUAUGACGAGUACUCUGCUAGAAGAAAUGAGAGGCUGAAGAGGAAGAAGUGUGGUGAAACAGAGGAGGAUUCUAGGAGGAGUGUUUGUGAUCUGGAUGUUGCCCUUGAAUCUGGGAAAAGGAGGGAUUCAAAGAAAUACGAGAAGUUGAGGAAAUCUGUCCCUGCUAACUUCUCGAUUGGGGGAAUUGAGACUCCCAGAUAUUCUCUGCGGAGCAGCACUAAGGCCAAGGAGAACAUGAAGCCCAGCAUUCCCACAAACGCCAAGAGGCCGCCUGUGGGUGGUGAUGGAGAUCGUAAAGUGGUCGAAGUCCGCCGGGUUCGAAAAACCUGAAAUGCUGCAGAUGGUUUGCCAUCUUAUUCUGGGGUUUUUGGCAAUUUGCUUUCUGAAGGAAAGCUUUAAUGACGAUAACAUUCAUUUCUUGUUUUGGGUUUUUCUUCCGGAUGUGAUAUAUGAUUGUGCUUCUUAGGGAGUUUUUCUAUGGUUUCCUGAAAGAUCAAAAGUGAUUUUUUUUUUCUUUAGUUCAGGGAUAAAUAGGAUACUAAAAUUCAAGGAAAAAGGAUUUGACUGUGUUUUUAUGGUACAUUUUAGAUUAAUGAUGUGCAAGUCUUUUUCCUUC